AUGUCCACUGUUAACGCUUCUACAGGGUUUUCUCCCUUCCAACUUCAUCUCGGCCGCUCUCCGCGCCUCAUCCCACCUCUCCUUCCUCUCGUUUCUGAAACCCCUCCCUCCACUGAAGAUGACGUCUGCGCCGCGCUACGUACUAUUCAUUCCCUCCAAAACGACAUUGCUGAUGCGCACGAUUCCCUCUUCGCUUCCAAAGCAUCUCAGGCUUCGGCUGCAAACACUCACCGUCUCCCCGACCCGGAAUUCAAGCUCGAUGAUCUUGUUUACCUCUCAACAAAACAUCGCAGACGGGAGUACAUGCAACAUGGUUCUAAACGUGUCGCUAAA